UGCGUGUGAGGGUUUAGUGGUGUAAGCGUUCGCGGUAACUCUGGCAGACCAUCUCUCGCACCAUGGCUCCCAUAACCCACUGAAACUAUACAUAUAAAUAGUCAAACUAUUUACCAGUGACACAACGACUUGCAACGACCUUGUUUAAUUGUUUCGUCAAUGGUGCUUGUUAUUUCCCAGAUUCAUUUUCAAAGAUGCCAGGCAAAGUUAAAGUUCGUGUUGUGGCAGGUCGGAAUUUGCCUGUAAUGGACCGGUCUUCAGAUACUACAGAUGCAUAUGUUGAGGUGAAACUUGGUACAAUCACCUACAAAACUGAGGUUUACAGAAAAAGUCUUAACCCACAGUGGAACUCAGAAUGGUUUAGAUUUGAGGUUGAUGACCAAGAGCUCCAGGAUGAGCCACUACAAAUUCGUAUCAUGGACCAUGACACAUAUUCAGCUAAUGAUGCCAUUGGGAAAGUCUAUGUAGACUUAAACCCACUCUUGUUACCUCCACCCACUCCUCUGCAUUCUCAGCGCCCACAUGACCCCUCGCAACCAGGAACAGCGGUUAUGUCUGGUUGGUUGCCUGUUUAUGACACUAUGCACGGUGUUCGUGGCGAGGUCAACAUGAUUGUCAAAGUCGAUCUUUUCUCUGACUUUAAUAAAUUUCGUCAAUCAUCGUGCGGAGUCCAGUUCUUCUUUACUCCUGAGAUUCCUGCUGGGUAUAGGUGUCAGAAUAUUGUUGGAUUUGUCGAAGAGUUGGUGGUGAAUGAUGAUCCUGAGUAUCAGUGGAUUGACAAGAUUCGUACGCCACGCGCCAGCAAUGAAGCACGUCAGACUCUCUUUUCUAAACUUUCGGGUGAACUCCAGCGUCGAAUUGGGCUGAAGGUUCUGGAACUUGGUGGAAAUGCUGUGAUUGGGUAUCGUCAAUAUUUUGACUUGGAGGGCGAGACAGGUAUUGUAGUUCGUGGCUUAGGAUCGGCAGUAACUUUAAUUCGACUGCAUUAUGAGUCAAGUGCAACAGGAGGAACCACUCAUUCCCCAUCACCACUACGAGAGAUAACAGCUCAGAGAGAUGUGGAAGAUGAGUUAGUGCUAGAAAAUAUGUAUUUUCUUGUUCCAAACUUUAACAUGCCCAUGCCCAUCUCUGUUGUCCACUUGCCCAAGACACACUCCUCAGUCUCUGCCCCCUCCACUUGCCUACGGUCUCUUGUCUCCUCACAGAAUGGGAGUUCAAGCUCAAGUUUUUCAUCCCAUGAAACUUCACGUCACCCCUCCCAGUGGCUUGACCUGAUGGUAAACCCAACCUCAGAUCAAAGUAGACCUCUUCCAGGACUGCUGGCUCUUAGCAAUGCAAAACGAAUGAUACGUGGAUUACCACUAGCCAGACGGAAACGUAGUUCCACAAUUAUCCAACAUCCGCCUGUUUAUCUUCAACGUAAUUCAUCGUUCUCGCAUGGUGCAUCGCAGCAUUCUUUUCACAGUUUAGGUCAUUUUAAGCAUCACAAGAUUAAAAGUUCAAGGGUGGUACAUGGAUCAAACUAUAGACAUCAGAAUGCUCAAAAUAUCAGGCAAAAUUUACCUUCUAGUACUCAUGAUAGCCUUGAAUCAAUUAGAGCUGGGCUACGCAAGACAGCUCAGCGGAUGUUGAGAUUUAAAGAGGGAAGAGAAAAAUCACAGAGUUUAGAAGUGAGUCAUGGUAGCCACUGCAAAACACCACAUAUCAGUAAAAAGACCAGCCUGAAAACUAGCCCCAAGGUUCACAGUCCAAUGGGACGACUACAUAGUAAAUGCCAUCACAGAACCAAAAAUGCAAAAGAAAGAAUGCCAAUUCAUAGCUCAACCACAUCUCCUGAAGAUUCUGAUGACUGGGAUCUUGAUUCACCAGAUAUUGUAGAAGUUAUUGGCCUGGAAGAUGAUGAUUUACAGUAUUCUGAUGAUGAAGAAAUUGGUCAUGAGAUAACCAGUAUAGAAUACUCUUAUAAAAAUAUAUCCUCAGCUUUCUCAGACCCAACACUAAAUAAGAGUGUUUAUGCAAAACAUCAAUUAAGCCGACCACUUGAUCCCUCAGCUCCAAUUCAAUACAUUUCUUCUGAUGAAGACACCUGCAGUUCAGAGCCUGUGUCCUCAGACUUCAGUUCUCCAGAACAUGGAGUGACAGCCCCUAAAUGUGGACAUAAAUUUUUUUUAAGUGACGAGGAUAUUGCAUCAGAGAGUUCACUAGAAAGUCAUUUUACAGGUCCUGUAGAUGUUAGAGAUCUGCAACGUCUUUCAGAGAGCUCUGUUAGUGAGAGUCACCAUUCAGGCAAUGAAAUAGUAGGGGAUGACCUUACAUCAUCCGGAGUUGCAGCAUCAGAAUUUCAGAUCAAGAGUUGUUCAUUUGGAGGAUGCAAAAAACAAACACUCUUGUUGGAAGCAGCCAAUAACCAUGAAGAUUUACAUAUGAUUACAGACUUCAAGACUCCCUCAAUAACACUCGAAGAGCAUAUAGAUCAAUCAGAUUUACAGAUUGCUGAUAUUAUAGCCCCUCAGAGAAAAUAUGGAAUUGCAUCAUUUAGCCCAGAGAAUAGUAAAGAACAGAGGAUCUCACAAGAACAGAAGCAGGAGUCAAGUAGUUUAGAACUUGAAAUACCAAAACAUAUUGAUUAUAAAAAGAAGCACAUGUCUCUCGAUAUACAUUCAACAUGCGAGUCAGCCAUGAGUAAAUUAGAGCCAGCAGCACCCUGCAGUACCUCAACACCUCUUCCAGCAAUUGCAGUUAUUCCUUCUACUCCAGUCUUACCUCCUAAAUCUCGAAAUCCAGCUGUGCAUAUUCAUACAGGCACAGACAAUAUCAGUUUGCAUGAAUUUUCUUGUGCAUCUGAAUCUAACACUAAUUCUUCUUUAAAUGAUGACAUUGGAGGCAGUAAUGAUAGCGAUGCUACCUUGUCUGUCUUGCCUCCUUCUCUUUCUUCUGUUGCUUCUAAUUCACACUCUGUAUUUAACACUAACUUGUAUAGUUCUCCUUUAUCCUCUUCCUCUCACUUAUAUUUACCAUUUCCAUCAUCAUCCUCAAAUCCUGCCUUAUCUUCCAUACUUACUGCCUCUUCCUCUACCUCAUCUAGUUUAUCACACCUUGCCUCAUCCUCUACUUCCUCUAAUUUAGCAUCCCUUGCAUCUUCUUCAUCUUCUGAGUUUCCAUGUGUAACUAGCAGUUUAAGCAUGAGUAGUGACUUGCUUCAGUGUGCUUUAGAUGUAGCAGCUAAAUGUCCCUCCCAUCCUGUGUACAUCUCUAGCCUAGACAUGCUAGUGGAGGCCCGGCCUGGCUCAGCAUCGAUGGUAGGCUCUCCCAAGCGCUCGUCACGUAGUCGCCAUACUAGUGGCUGUAACCUCAUGUCCAGGAGCCCGUUACCCACUGAUGCUGAUGGUUCCAAGAGUGACACUGGCGUUGGAGGAUGUACAGCGGUGGGUGGGACCACAACUUCAGUAAAUGGGAGUGCAGCCACCCAGUCUCCAACUCAUUCUGGCAAACUGGCUAGCCCUGCUCAUACUCCAGGUGUCUCCAUCAACAGACGAUCUUCAGAUUCUGAUCUCUCCAUUACUCCAAAGGGAGGCAGUCUGGCAGGGAGUGGAGGCUCAUCAGGUGGAGGUGUCGGGAAAGGGGGAACACUUACAGGAGUUCAUCGCCCUAUUAUGACCCAGGAAUCAUUUGACAUGCUUGAAUACCCUUUCCUUACCAUGAAAACAUUCCCUGCUGGUUUCAUCUUGCAUCUCGGUGGAACAGUAAGUGCUCGGUCAGUGAAGCUCUUAGAUCGCCCUCACACUCCAGAAGAGGUAGAAACACGUGAUAAUUGGUGGACACAACUCAGAAUGGAAAUUCGAUCACAUGCUCGUGCUUUGGCAUGCAAUGUUGUGCUUGGCUACGAGGAAUUUACCACUAUUAGCGAUGAGGUUUGUGUGUUGAAUGCAACGGGCACUGCAGCAGUAAUUAGCCUCCAUUAUCUUGAGAUUGAUACAAGUGGAGGUUUGCCAGGUAUUCCCAGGUCCCUGCGAGACCCAAUGACACUCUCACUGGAUCGCAAAGAUUUUGAACAACAACAAGGACAACAAAUUCAACAAACAGGAAAGUCGGCAGGAGGCAAGGAUGGCCACUCUGGAUCACAAGCUAGCAUGAGUCGCAGUCAUCCUUGUAUUGAAGACGGCUUUUCUGGUGAAGGAGGUAGUGUCCCAUCUCAGCCUGCUGUACUCUCUUCUUCAAGUGGGCCUUCAAGCAACCCAUCUGCUGUGGGUCCUUCCCUGUGUGCCAUGUGCCAUGUACCUUAUUCUGAAACUUCACUGCCAUUUCGUGUCAAAAUUUCAAAAUGUGCUGUUUGCAGAAAGGGAAAGGUGCCAGAUGUUCUCUUCACCACUCUAGAGCCACCUGUGGGGGUUCCGAUUACAGGAAGAGGCUGUUUAAUUCAGGCAAGGGUGGCUAGAUCCAAACGAGAUUUGAAGGGUGAACUUAAUGCUAAAGAAAUAUCAGAUUCCCUCCCAUUUUUGGAAUAUGAACUGCACAAGCAGCUCAUUAAUAAAAUGAAGAUAAAGGGAAUGAAUGCACUAUUUGGUCUGCGAGUGCGGGUGACAGUUGGGGAGCGUCUCAUUGUGGGUGUAGCCACAGCAACAGCUGUGUUUCUCUCUGCUCUUCAGCCACCACCAGUUCCAAGAGUGACUUCUGCUAGUUGUGGCCGAGACGAUGAAAGAUAUAGAGCCGAAGUUCAGAAGCUCCUCCUCACUACCAUUGCCCGGAACAAGGAAUACUUUGGAACUAAACAUGUCAUCUCGGAAAUAUUGGUGGAUGAAAUGAAUGGUGGCCGGGAGUCAGAUACAGAAGAUUCAGAAGACGAUCUUCCAGAGAUUGAUUUGUCAUCAGGCAAUAAGGAUACCUCAGUUUUAGAAUUGGAUGACAUGGAAGAUGCAGAAAUGAUUGGCCUCCUUGUGGAGGGUUGUCCGCCUGCCCAGUUGAUGGCAGUAACUACACAAGUGCCUCCUGGUGUCUCCCGAGAGAGAAUAGUAAACAACCUCCAGAUGUUCACCCGAGUGUGGAGAACGAAGGUGCCGGCUACUCUAAACCAUAACGUCUUCAAUCAGUAUUUUGAUAAACUUCUCCAGAGUGUAUACUUCAAAGUUCGCAAAUUGGCACCUUGUAUUAUUGCUGGAUUACAAGUAAAUGUAGAGUUACCAGAGGAAGAUGAGCUGCAAAUUAGUCUAUUUGGAAUGGUUCUUGGUCAAGGUUCUCCAGUCCAUACGCAACUUCAAGCUUUCACAUCUAAUACCACAAGCCAAGUUGGUCAGUCUGACGUUCCUCUUAAGAAGGCAAAACAAGAUGAUGGUGAAAUGAUAUUCAAAAUGGAAGAAUUAAUUCCAUUAGUUGAGGACAGUUCUAAAACAAAAAUUGCACCGCCACAAGAACAGCAGCGGCAGCAUCCUCCACAACCUAUAGUUAAAAAACAGUCAGUUUUGUCAAUGUCUUCAGUACAGUCAGUGCCAUCAGUGCCGUCAGUGCCGUCAGUGCCCUCAACAGCCUCUAUUAGUUCUUCUGCCUCAUCUGCUAGAUCUUCUACUAAAUCGAGGAAUGAUCCAAAAUACAUUAACUACCAUCUCAUUCGGAGAGAAAGGUACGGUGUGGAAAUCACUCCUCUCUCGUACAUCCCUGGUGCUCGUAUAGACUGCCACCUGGGAAACUUGAACUUCUUCUUUAUCAGGGAAUCUACUAGUAUUAAAGAGAGUGGUGGUCUGAGUGGCUUCAUGGGCAGCUUUGUGACCGAGGUACUGGCAAUUGUGCGUGCUCACGUUGCGGCUCUGGGAGGAAACGCUAUGAUUGCUUACUUCAUGUCCGAGUGUGUGCUCCUACAUAACCCUUACAAAAAUCAGGGUCAGUGUUUGAUCAACGUUGGUGGUGAUGUGGUACAAGUACAAUACAAUGCAGGUUCUUCACUGCAUGAUGGCUCUGCUGAAGAGUAGCAGAUCUCCCAUCUUUACUAGGUACAAAUGUCUGUUUUAACGAACAACAAGAAUUUCGUUUCACAUAUAAUUUAAUAAAUUCAGUUACUGUUCAAAGAUGGAAGAUUUCUGAAGAGAUAUAAACACGAAAGAAAUUUUCAGGUUUUAGCAUGGUUGGAAGUAUUUUUUAAUUAAUAAUAAGAGUAUGAAUGAUAAUGACGACAAUGCAACAGCUAACACUUAAUGUAUGGUGAAUCCACUGUACAAAUACAAAGCUACUCGGUCUUGUAGACCUUAUUAUUUUUAAACAGUGUCACUCACCAUUGUGAACUUGAAUUAUUUGAGUGGGGUAAUUGUGCCAAGAAUGUGUACUAAACAUUUUGUAUUAACAAAUGGUACAUGAAGCUGUUACAAGCAUUUUGUGUAAAAUAAAUAUUGUGGAAUUAGAAAUUGCUGAGUUAUUUACUAUUGGUUAAAUAACUAACAGAUAAGAAAACAUACAAAGUAAAUCAUUUGUUAUGUGUACACAUGUGAGUUACUGAAACUAAUGACAAUUAUUAUAUUAAAGUACAAUUGUCAUGGAAUUUAUCAAAAUUAUUUGCUUUCACACAUUGUUGUUUGUCCAUCACUGGGUUAUAACUGUAUUGUGGCCUUCUGAACACACUAUAAAAGUUAUCUUCAAAUUGAUUAGAAAUUGCUCAUAUAAAUAUUCUUUUGUGAAGUGAUCCUGAAAAUUAGUUUCCUCCCAAGAAAUAUAAUUAGAUUGAAAGUUGAAUAAUAUUAAAUUAGGAAAAUACAUUCAUUGACUAUCUUGAGCAUACUUAUCCAUAAAUACCCAUAAUUACACCUCUAAAAGAUAGAUUACUAUUUUUCUUAUCCAUCCAUUUCUUCGUGGAUUUAUCUUCAUCUUUUUGCUUACUUUCAUGAAUAUUGUAAAUAAUAACACCUUCCUUGUUGAUUUGAUUUCUUAAUAUAUAUUACAAUUAUUGAGACAUGGGCAUCCUUUCAUAUUUCACACACUGAUAUAACACCCUUACAGUCAUCUUUAUCAGCUUGCUAUUAAGGUCAGUUUUGUUAUCAUCAUUAUUAAUCUUACCCAGUUUCUACCUCCAUGGGGUUCAGAUUUGAUUUCAUAUACUGUAGUUUACAUUCUUCUAAAAUCUUUUGCUAUUUUCAGAGAUACUUCUAUUAACCCUUAAACUGCUCCGUCACUCAUAAGCAAUAAAUGCCUGUGACAAAAUGCCCUGUAAAUACUAGGUGUGUCCUGUAACAUUAAAAACCCAACAAAUUCCUUGUGGAUAUCACUUGACACUAGAGACGUAUAGCAAUCAUUUGUCAUAUUUGAAAACACCCUGAAAGCCUUGGUUUCCUUCCUGGGCCCUAGUAAAAAGAUGGGCAUCACCAUCCAUUGACUGAUGUUCACGCUUCAAACCAUUAAUGCCAUGCAAAAUUGCAAGGAGUUUAUGGGCCUGGAAGAUCUUAGUAAUUGGGACGAAUCUAUUACAAAUAGUUAACUUGAAAAUUAUACAUUCAUAAUAUUGACAUCAUUAACGUGUCUUCUCUUCACUAUGGCCAAACUAAAAUUAUUUUUUUGUUUUGUUGGGUAUAUGCACCAGGAUAACCACCUAAUUUUAAAGGGUUAACUAUUUAGAGAAGUACAGCUCUGCCUUCAGCUAUACAUUUACUACCUCUCCCUCCUUACCUUCUCUAUUAACUAUUCAUACUAGUAUACUUUCCUUCCCCUCCAGUAAUUUCCUUCCCCCCCAAAAAAAUAGUUGACUAAACUGACUAAAACUUUAUUAAAAAUGUUCUGUAUGGGAAGGGGCCCAGUCUUAAGGCCUAUACCAGACAGUUCUUAUGGACAGUGCUGAAAUGGGUGCAGAAGCAUUUAAGACAAAAGGAAUGAAGCUUAAGGCUACACGAAACCGAGCCAGAGAAGGGAACUCCGAGAGCCAUCAACAAGCCUCACCAGAUGAGGGAACUCAGAAACAGAGCUGAAGCAGAAUAUAUUGUCUAGUGAUACAGCCACAAUAAAAUUAACUUAAUUGGUCUCUGCAGAACAGCACAUCUAAUGGAUGGAUGCCAGGCACCAAGUGAGCUUGCUGGGUCAUCUGACUGUUUACAAGAGAUUAGUGUGCUGCCAUCUAAUGCUGGUCAGGACCAGUUGCUAGAGGUACUACAGUAGUUUCAGAGCAAUAAUUUUCUUUCUGGGUUCAAGGUUUUAUUUGUAGUAGCAAUGAGAAAGAGUUGUUUUUCCUGCUUUGUAUCAUAGUAGAACUUCCUGUGUGUUUUUCUAGUAGAUAGGGCUUUCUCCACUCUCUUUCUUCCUCAUUUUACAUUGUAGAAUGAUAAGAAAAGAUACUGUUAUGGUGAGAAAGCAGUUAAUCCUUAAUCAAGGAUUAACAGAGGGGAGCUAGGUAAAAAAAAAACAUUAAUGAUUCACUGAAUAAUGAGUAAUAUGAUUUAUGAAUGCCUUGGACCUCGAGAUGUUCACAUAUGGUAAUAUAAACAUAUGAUCUAUUGGUCCUCUAGGUAUCAUCAUUAUUACCUUGCUCAUCAUUUUCAUAUCUCAUCUUCAUUUUCACAUUUGACAAAAAUAGAACAAUGAAGUGAACAAAAGAUAGUGAGAGAUCACUCAUGCAUUCAUCGUAUCUUCCAUAUCAUAACACUUCAGGAAAACUUGCACAGCAGAGCACCCAUCCAAAAUGUGACUAGAUGUAGAAUGCUUCAUGUAAUUUUUUAUUUAAAAAUAAAUUAAACAAUCACUCUUCAGCUGAUUCCACCUAGACAUAUUUGAACCACUUCUUGUGUAAUUUUCACACUUAAUUCUCACAUCCUUACACAAACACAAUCCCCAUGUCUCUCAAUUUUGUUGGUUUCCUCUCCUCCUCUUACACUUAAAUUCAUUGGAAUACACAUUUUUCACGACAUUCUUUCAUUAUGACAAAACCAUUUGAGUAUACCAAGAAUUCCACCAGAAUUCCUUAUUCUGGACAACAUAAACUGUAUAAGAAAUUGGAUUGCUUUCAUUCACUAUUUCAAAGUAUACUGAAUGUUUUUUUGAGUUUAGAAUUCAUAUAAUGUAGGAAUUCAUUAACAAGACUUACAUCAUUAAAUAAUACAAAUGCAUUAAUUGAGAAAUGGCAGUGCAUAAAGUAUUAUGUAAGUACUGAUGCUAUUGUACGUGCACACAAAGUAUGUAAUUACCUAAGUGUAGUUACAGGAUGAGAGCUACACUCGUGGUGUCCCGUCUUCCCAACACUCUUUGUCAUAUAACGCUUUGAAACUACUGACGGUCUUGGCCUCCACCACCUUCUCACC